AUGGAAGAAAAAGAAACUACUGGACCUAAAAACAAUGAUGGAGAAAAGAGAAAGGAGAAAUUUUUUGUCCAUUUGAUGAAAGAGAUACUAAAAGGAAGAACCCUUUAUCCUGAACUGAUACUAGAUGCAAUCCGUGAAAUUGAGGAAGAAGAUAGAGAAGCUGUGAUAUUAGUUCUAGACUUUGACAUCCAGAUGCUACCAUGGGAAAAUCUACCAAUACUAAGAAACCAUGAGGUCACCAUGCUCCCGAAGAAACCUAUAGAUGGAGCUCAUGAGAUACAAAGUUACUGCCUUGGCCAUACAGAUGAUGGUGGGCCACCUAGGUGGUUUUGCCCUGUUGCCUAUAACAGGCCUCUAAAAGAUUCUCAUGUUCAUAUGUAUUUGCCUGGCAGGACAGACAUACGGAUGAAAUUGGAAAUCGCACAAGAUACAGAGCUUGUGGAGCCGCUAGAUGAAGCUUGUAGAUGGCGCCAAACAAGAGGCACCGCCACUGAAACUUUAGGAGCAGAGAAGCAAUUGUUGGUCUUCCUCUUGGUGAUCCAUCAAUGA